UAUCAAGCGGAUUCAGUUCGACUUCAGCUCUCCGAUUGAUGUUGUUUGUUCGUUGUCGUCUCGCCAUAAGCCAUCGUCGUCGCCAUAUCGUUUCGUUGUAGUUGCGUUUUUAUCGUAGUCGAGAAAAAGAGCAUUUCCUGUCCUGUGUUUUUUAUAAUAUAGUUCGUUUUUGUUCGGUCUUUCUUGAGUGUCAAGUAGUUUUAUGGAUACAUUUUCAGUCCAAAUAUAAAUAAUAUUAUUAGGUACGCGCCCGCGCACAUUAGAAUCCGAUUCCCGACAUUCGAGUGCGAGUGAGUGUGUUUAAUUGACAUUGUCAAACAGAAACGAGUAGCGAGUGUAUAUCCUGCUCGAUAGUGGAAAAGUGGAAUAAUACACCACACACAGAAUCCUUGUUGUCAUAGCAGCUUCUCAAUUCUCCAAUUCAAACUUCUAUCCUUUUUUUCUUGUUUCAAAGCAAGACAAACAUCAAAUCGAAGCAGCAGAUUUUCGUCAUACCAGCGAUUGAUAGAAGAGAUUUUUGUCAUCCCAGCGAUUGAUAGACGAGAAACUCUUUGAAAAUAUUUUUUUUUUCAAAAUCACAAACAUACAAUCUUAAGAAAUGAAUCUCAUCGCAGCUGUUAGCAUUUUACUGGUCACCAUUCUGACGUUCCAGACGACAGUGAUAAAUGGAGCUAAAAGCUUGGCCGAACACAAACAACAUUCAUCGUCCAAAGACCAUUUGGCAUUAAAUCCAGCAGCAGUCUCUGAUGGCGACAGUCUUGUUCGCAAAGGUCGUGGAGCAAAAUCCUCCAAUCAAGGAUCUGAAACUGUCAGUGGUGUUGGUAAGCGGGGCAAAAAUAGUAAAAAACUUAACAAAAGCACGCACUUAGAAAAUUCUAACGCACCAGCUACAUCUGCACAAAGCAUGUCCUCAGAUACAAUCAAUGAAGAACGAACAAAACUACCGCAGCAUGAGCAAAAGUCUACAUCGUCAUCAUCAUCAUCAUCCUCAUCUUCGGGACAUCAGCAUAAUAACAAGCCUAAACAAAGGCAAAUGCUAAAGGCUCAACAACAUCAGACACAUGUCAAACGUGGAGGAGGUAAUGCCAAGUCGGCAAUGGGCGAAAAGAAGUCUGAGGAACAAAAACAAACUUCAUGCCGUUAUUCAAAAAGUGCUUGGACUGAAUGUGAUACUAAAACCAAUUCACGAUCAAGAACAUUGACUUUGAAGAAAGGUGAAUCUAGCUGUCAACAGACAAGGACUAUUCAGAAGAAAUGCAAAAAAGCUUGCCGUUAUGAAAAAGGUGCCUGGACUGAAUGCACAUCCGGCCAAAUGACACGACAAGACAAACUUAAAACUACCAGCGAUGCAACCUGUGAGCCAGUUCGUGCAAUCAACAAGAAAUGCAAUCCCAGUGGUGGUAAGCCCAAGGAUAAAGGCAACAAAGAACGUAAAAACAAGGACAAAAGUUCCCGUAAGGCAGCAGCUGCUUAAAUUUAUCUAGAUCCUGAGAAUCAAUCAUGAAAAAUUCUCAUAACAAAAAAAAAAUCAAAUAAAAAAAUCUUUAUAAUAUAGUUUUUAGUCUAAGAAUUAUAUUAUAAUAUAACAACAAAUAAUAAUUAUUCUUCUAUACAGUAAAAUGAUUUCAUAUAAAAUUUUAAAAUCAUACAAAAAAAAAUUCAAAAAAAGAAAACUUAAUUAUUUUUUAAAAACCAGUAUACUGUCUUCAUGUUUUAUGAAAAAAAAAAAUAUUGUAAU